AUGACGGACAAAGAUCUCCCCACCCAACUCAAAGCCUCGCUCGAAGCAUCCAAGUGCGAAUAUCGCAACCUUGGUAAAUCUGGAUUACGCAUUUCUGUUCCCGUGUUUGGCUGCAUGAGCUUCGGAGAUAAGAGGACCUUGCCUUGGGUUAUUGGUGAAGAGGAGGCGUUGGAGCUUCUUAAAGCGGCGUAUGAUCGUGGACUCAAUACCUGGGACACCGCCAAUACUUACAGCAACGGCGUCUCUGAAGAGAUCGUCGGUAAAGCAUUGAAGAAAUUCAACAUCCCCCGCCACAAGGUCCUCAUUCUGACAAAAUGUCGCUGGGCUGUUGGUGAAGAGCCCUCCGCUCGCCACAUCAACUACAAAUCCGAAUUUGAAGUCUCCAAAGACUAUCAAAACCAAUACGGUCUCUCCCGCGCAGCAAUCUUCAACCAGGUAAACGCCUCUCUCAAACGUCUCGACACAGAAUAUAUCGAUCUUCUCCAAAUUCACCGGUACGAUGAAGACACCCCUCUUGAAGAAACCAUGAAAGCGCUGCACGAUCUUGUUCAGUCCGGUAAAGUGCGAUAUAUCGGUGCGAGUAGCAUGUGGGCAACGCAGUUUGCGCGCAUGCAAUUCGUUGCUGAGAGGAACGGUUGGACACAAUUCAUAAGCAUGCAGAACCACUACAAUCUUCUCUACCGUGAGGAAGAGCGCGAGAUGAUCCGGUAUUGCAAUGACACUGGCGUCGGACUUAUUCCUUGGGCACCGCUCUGCAGAGGCCACCUUGCACGACCACCCAAAGACUUUGGAUCUACAGACCGAAGUAAAGGCGAGAAGGAAAGUUCAGGAGAGCUGUCGGAUGUUGAUAAUAAGAUUAUUGGACGGGUCAUGGAAAUUGCGGAGAAGAAGGGUUGGGCUAUGGCGGAGGUUGCGUUGGCAUGGAUUGGCGAGAGGGUCACCAGUCCCAUUAUUGGCUUUAGUAGUGUUGAGAGGAUUGACCAGGCUGUGGGUGCUAGAGGAAAAGUCUUAAGUAAGGAAGAGGUUCAGUAUCUGGAGGAGUUGUAUGAGCCAAAGGCUAUCGCGGGACAUACUUGA